AUGCAUCGGCGAACAGCAGCAAGCAAGGGAGCCUACAUCAUCGAGCAUGAGGACAAGUCCAAAGAGCCCCGUGUCGCCGGCGACUGCGACUCGAAACCCAUCACGUGGUACGAGGAUGCGACGGACUCAUCGGCUGCCACGGCGCGAAUGAUGCUCAUUCAGUGGCUGGCUACUUUUGCAAUCAUUGGGGGACUGUGGUGGUACUUUUUCGACGAGAUUCGUGCCAUGCUCAAGAUUUGA